GGCUCAGGGGCAGCGAGUCCCGGGCCGGGCGUAGUCUGGAGAGUGAUACGCCCCAGUAGCCCCGGGGCGCACAAAGCGCAGGCGCAGCGGGUUGGGUGGCAGCAGCAUCCAGUAGCGGCUGUUUUGGCAGCAGCAUCCUGCAACAGGUGUAGACAGGUCCCGCCUGACUCCGUCCUGGGAAGUCCUUUUGAAGAAAUGGCCCUGGUGAGGGGUGGCUGGCUGUGGAGACAGAGCUCUAUCCUUCGCCGCUGGAAACGGAACUGGUUCGCUCUGUGGCUGGAUGGGACCCUGGGCUACUACCAUGACGAGAAUGCGCAGGACGAGGAGGACCGUGUGCUUAUCCGCUCCAAUGUUCGCAACAUAAAGAUCGGCCAGGAGUGCCAGGAUGUGCAGCCCCCAGAGGGCCGGAGCCGAGAUGGGCUGCUGACUGUGAGUCUACGGGAAGGCUCCCGCCUGCACCUGUGUGCGGAGACGCAGGAUGACGCCAUAGCUUGGAAGACUGCGCUGCUGGAGGCGAAUUCCACCCCGGCCCCAGCUGGAGCCACCGUCCCUCCCAGAAGCCGCCGGGUUUGCCCCAAGGUCAGGUGUGUGACCAGCUCGUGGAGCCCCUGUAAUGUUGAGAGGCGAAUCUGGGUGCGUAUCUACAGCCCGUACCAGGACUACUAUGAGGUGGUGUCCCCCAACGCGCACGAGGCCACAUAUGUUCGAAGCUACUAUGGACCGCCCUACGGACAGCCCUACCCAGGCCCCGGAGGCGUAACGCACGUGGUAGUGCGGGAGGAUCCCUGCUACAGCUCGGGAGCCCCGCUGGCCAUGGGCAUGCUCGCGGGGGCGGCCACCGGUGCGGCGCUGGGCUCGCUCAUGUGGUCGCCCUGUUGGUUCUGAGCCCUGAGUCUCAGCGCGUGGACCCUGCGCAUAGUUUGCUCCUUGCCCCACCCCUCCACCCAAGCCCUGCCCAACUUUGGCCUCUUCCUAUUAGCCAUGCGAAGCUUGGAUCUCCCCCUCCUACUCCCCACCCUCAACCCCAACAAGGGAAGAAGCUACCAUCCGAGGCACAAACGUUAACUAAAAAUCCUUGUCUCUACUGCCAGACACCCCAGAAAUCCAUUAUAGACACACGGAGAUAUUUGCCCCAAACACAACAGGGCACACAAAAACAACUCCUGUGGCUUCAAGUUUCCCAGGUGCUGGAGACACUGAAGUCAGGUUCUUCCUGGGGCGGCUCCAGGCCUGGUGGGGGAAAACAGCUGUACACACUUGACGAUGCAGUUAUCAGUCCUUUGACAGUAAGAGGGCAGAGAGUGAGGAAUGCAGGCUAGAAGUAAGGUUGUUGGCCAGAGUGCAGAGCCAUGACCAUCAUGGCAUAUCAAAGAAAUUAAAGGGGCUGAGGGAGGGAGACAGGGGUCAGAUCAUUAUACCCCUCUAGGUUAAGAAGGUUGCUGAGUAAGGGGGAGGCGUGAGGUUUCUUUAGAGGAAGUUUCAUAAUAAAUGAAUAUAUUGCCUGUUGUUUUUUUUAACACAUACCCAAACCCCAGACACUGUACAUUUAGCCCCAUCCUUCCCACUACCAGCUUACUGGGUUCCCUGUUCCCUCAGUGUCCAGAAAACACCUGUUUGGACCUCCAGCCCUAGGAUCCUCCAUCAGGAAAUGCAUUUCUGCUCCCCAGAGGCUUGGCCCUGUGCCCUCAGCUGUGGCUAUCACCCUCUUAGGUUUUGUCUCCUCCUUCACUCUGGGAAAGAUGGCAGUGUUCACUUCUGGGGCAUAAUCUACCUUUGUCUCAGCUCAGAAGGCCCCCCACAUGUGCCUCCCUGCUGGUUGUCCAGUAGUCUCCCCAUCUGGUCUCUUUCCAGUCUCCUGUCCCAAACACCACAGAAAUGCUUAUGUUCCUGCCCAGUAGCCAGAGUAGCCUGCAAAAGUUCCCCUGGAGGUUAGGGCUCCAGUGCCCUACUGCAGAGACUAAUAAAGAUGUGUUGGCCCUA